GUGUCAUUUUUCUUGUUAUUGUGUCAUUGUGUGAGGUUAUGUAUCUUAAAAAUAUUUGAAAAUAUUGAAAAUGUAUAGCUAUUAGGUUUUUUAAUCUACAAUUAAUGAGAAAGUUUUCUUUCUCCUCUAUCUCUGUGUUCCUUAUUAUGAGAGUCAACAAUGUGUCUGCUAACGCUCAGUAGGUUGGGUGGCUUUAAAAUCAGACCAAUUUGUUAUCAUAUCUCCAAGACUUUUAGCAGUGAUAAUGUGCAAGCCAAGAUAAAUACACAGAAAUUAUCAGGAGAUCCGAGCCUGAUAGAGGUACUGCCGUCGUGGAAGGCCGACGAGGAGCCCGAGCUGCGUGCGGCGGUGCUGCGAGAUAUGCAGGUGCUGCCCGACUUCGUGUCGGAGGCCGAGGAGGCCGCGCUGCUCGCCGAGCUGGAGCCUGCGUUGAAGCGCAUGAGAUAUGAGUUCGAUCAUUGGGACAAUGCAAUACAAGGGUACCGCGAGACGGAGCGCAGCACGUGGAGCGCGGCCAACUCGCUGGUGCUGGCGCGCGUGCGACAAUUAGCCUUCGGGCCCGGUGAGGAGCCGCUGCCGCACGCGCACGUGCUGGACCUCGCCGCCGCCGGCUUCAUCCGCCCGCACGUCGACGCCGUCCGGUUCUGCGGCGGCGUGAUCGCGGGGCUGUGCCUGGCGUCAGACGCCGUCAUGCGGCUGCGGCACGCGGCGCGCGACCACCUCGCGCUCGACGCGCUCAUCGCGCGCCGCUGCCUCUACGUCAUGAGGGGCUGCGCGCGCUACGACUUCACGCACGCGGUACUGGGAGGCUCGGAAAGCGUGUGGCGCGGCGAGCGACUGCCGCGCCGCCGCCGCGUGGCCGUCAUCACGCGCAGCCGCCCGCCGCCCGCCGGCCCGCCGACACCGCCGCCGACACCGCCGCCCGCCGACAGUUAAACGUACGCCUACUUCAUGUUACUUAGGCGGGUUUUAGAAUCGCGCUGACCGCUCGCUGAUCGUCGGCGCUGACGGAUCAAUAUGUAGGUUUGAUUUCCUCCUACGCUGACGUCAGUCGCGUACAUCGGUUGAGCGUACGAAUAAACACAAUGUUCUAUGAAGCACCGCACUGCAACGCUGUCGUCAGCGGCAGAUAAUUUAGUACUGGAGGAGGAAAUCAAGCCUAUGUAAUUGAAGGGAACGUUCCUGAGUGACGCUGAUCGCUCGGCGCCGACGCUUCAUACAUUCAGCUGUCAGCGCUGACGGUCAGCGGGCGUCAGCGUGACUCUAAAACCAGCCUUAUGCCCGUUUUCACCGCUUGCUCCCAACGAGUCACACCCAAACGAGUAACCCUGUUACUCGUUGGGACAAAACCUUUUAAAGAGAUGUCCCAUCGAGCAACGGUGUGACUGGAUGGGAUUUUUUUUCCCAACGAGUAACAGGGUUACUCGUUUGGGUGUGACUCGUUGGGAACAAGGAGUUUUCACCAUCAAUCCCUAAUUUUUAUCAACCACAAAAAGGUAACACAUAACAGGAAUUGUUUUAAAAAGGUCACUUAAAAUUUAGGGAUUAAUGGUGAAAACGGGCUUUACACGAAUACUUUUUCCUGCGAAUAUUUAUGAUUUCCGCAAGUACCAGUCAUUUUCAGUCAUAUAAUACAGGCAAAAUGUAUCGUACCUAUUUUGAAAUAAAAUAGAGGAGUGGGCGAUAAAGCAGCAACAGCAGAUUAGCGUCAAGUCGUUGAAACUUGGCCUGAAUGCAGCGGACACGAAAACACAUAAGUCUCUUGACUCGGGCUAAAGACAUGUUGGAAUAUCCUACACCCAGUCAAGUGUCAAUGCCUAUAGAAUUUAUAUGUUGUUAUUGUUCCUUUAGUUAGAUGAAUUAUUUCUUGAUUUCUCUACCAAGAUUAUGUGAUACAGAAGUCAGUAUUUUUGUAUCUAAAUAGAUUUAAUUUAGUGAUUUUGUAAAUAUAGAAUUUAUUUAUAUUAAAUUGUUAAAUUUGACCA